AAAAGGCAGCAUGUGCGAGUAUGCGGCUCUAAAGUGUGUGUGUGUGUGUGCGUAAAAAGCUGCGCUGGAGACGUUUCACUGAUGCAAGGAUUUCCCUCUGUUCUCUUGAAGAGGACGCACACUGACCGUGUUUCAACCAGUACAGGGAAUUAACUGUAACACACACGGGAAACACUUGGAGCUGAAGUAAAGGGCAAACUGACACCACCCUGUGAGGAUGCGUGCAGGAUUAUGCAGCCGGUAAAAGAUGACAACGCUCUGAUGCGGGGAAGCUGGUGAUGUGGCUGCUUAAUCAUUGUUAAAUCAUGGGAAAUGUGGAGAGUCAGAAUGGAGACAGUGGAAUCCAUGGUGAUGUGCCAGGACAUCUCUCACGUAAGCACACUUCCCGCUCACUCCGUAUCUCCAACAAACAGCAAAUCAACCAUCGUUCGAGGCACUCUUCCUCAGUGAAACAGAGUCACAGAAACUCCGAAGCCUCAACCCGCUCCUCCAGCACCCCGAGCAUCCCACAAUCCUUAGCAGAGAAUGGACUGGAGCUUUUCAAUGCAGCAGAUGAGUUUGACAAAUUUGGCAUCAACCCUCACUGGAGCCAGCGUGUUGCUAUGACAAUGAGGCCCGAGUCCUAUCAGCACGACGACGACCCCUUGGCCACGCCGACUCCCGACACCUCAGAGGCAGACACUAUUGCUCAGGAUGGAGGAGAGGACUCAAUGGGGGAAGGAGAUGCUAUUGGAGAGGAAAGGUACCUACAACAAAUGACUGAAGGACCUCGAGAGGGAGCGAGUAAUAAAAAGAAGCGGUCAAAGUCAGCAGACAUGUGGAGAGAAGACAGCCUGGAGUUCUCUAUGUCAGACCUCAGCCAGGAGCAUCUGACCAGCACAGAGGAGAUGGUUGAUGGAGGGGAAGAGGAGGAGGAGCAGUUUGCAUGCCCUAGAGGCAGUACAGGCUCAACUGAAAGGGCAUCGUCUCUGGACCAUCUGUGCAGCCAGCAGAGUCCUGGCUUCAGGGGGCAAAGGAGCCGCUACAUUAAAAACCGCAGAGAAGCCGAGUGCGAUGGAGACGGGGAAGUGGAGGAGGGUUUGAUGUCUCCAACCGAGGAGGAUGGUGGGGGGUAUGGAGCUUUCACGCUCCCCUGCCGGCGCUCACACUGCCUUUCUGAAGGAUUGGCUGGUCUGGGUAUUCCAGCUGCACCGUGCCCUACCUUCCAGGGACGACGCGCACAGACUACUCAGGACAUCUCUGGUGUUUUGGGUGAGGGGAGCGAGUAUGGCGACAGUGGGAUCGACGGCGUUGCCACAGAGAUAGAUGGAGAUGGAGAACUGGUCUCCCGGCGGUGUAAGGCCAUGUCGGCCUCUUUCUCAGUGUACUCGGCUACAGAGAGCAGUGUUUUUAAUGGGAGCGACAGUGGGAGCAGCAGUGCAGGAGGAGUUGAAGGAAGAGGGGGCGAAGGAGGCAAAGGGGGAGUUUAUGAAAAUUUCCGGAAGGAGCUAGACAAUCAAGCCUGGACAAAUCGGAGCCGAGACUGUACAGAGGAGGCAUCUUCUGCUGUAAGCGAUGAGCAGAGUAGCGGCACACUCAGUAGUGUGUAUCCAUCUGACGCUGUGAUUGGCUGUGCACAAGGCACAGUCAGGAAAGCAGGGGCUCUGGCUGUGAAGAACUUCCUGGUUCAUAAGAAGAACAAGAAGGUGGAACCUGCAGCAAGACGCAAGUGGAAACACUACUGGGUUUCUCUGAAAGGCUGCACCCUCUUCCUGUAUGAAUCUGAUGGGCGUUCAGGUAUUGACCACAACAGUGUUCCUAAACAUGCGUUGUGGGCAGAGAACAGCAUUGUCCAGGCUGUACCUGAACAUCCCAAGAAAGACUUUGUCUUCUGUCUCAGCAACUCAGUGGGAGAUGCUUUCCUCUUCCAGACAUCGGGCCAAACAGAGCUGGAGAACUGGAUCACAGCGAUCCACUCUGCGUGUGCUGCCGCUCUUGCUCGGCAGCACCACAGGGAGGACACCGUGCGACUGCUGCGAACUGAAAUCCGCAAGCUGGAGCAGAAGAUUGACAUGGAUGAGAAAAUGAAGAAAAUGGGAGACAUGCAAUUGUCCACUGUCACCGAUGGCAAGAAGAGAAAAACCAUACUGGAGCAGAUCUUCUUGUGGGAGCAGAACUUGGAGAGGUUUCACAUGGAUCUCUUCCGUUGUCGCUGCUACCUGGCGAGUCUGCAGGGCGGCGAACCUCCCAAUCCCAAACGCCUCCUGGGCUUUGCUUCACGCCCCACCAAAGUAGCCAUGGGACGACUGGGCAUCUUCUCUGUUUCUUCCUUCCAUGCACUGGUGUCUGCUCGUACAGAGAGCAGCGUGAGAAGGCGGAACCAGCCCAUGCCUCGCACCUUCAGUAAACGUCGAAGCCGUUUCUCCUCCCUGUGGGGUCUGGACACCACCUCCAAGAGAAAGACCAAGGGACAUCCUUCAAUUGACCAGGUGUUUGCUGAUGGGGCGGAGCCAGGGAGAAAGUCUUUGCAGAGGAUGUUUGAAGACUCCACCAGUGAAAAAUCUAAGGAGAGAGAAAACUCUGUGAAAAGUCUUCCUCAGCAAAAUGUAGACAGUGAUAUUUGGGUUCCUGAGUACCUGAAACCCUCCUGGGUGUGUUUGCCAAACAACAAGCCUGUUCUGGUCGUCGUACAGCCUGGAGAGACAGCGCUGGAAGUCCUGAAUACUGUCUGCAAGACCCAUAAGAUCGAUCCCUCUGGCCACUACCUGCGUUUGAAGAUCUGGGUUGACAACCAAAUGCUUUAUUAUGUUCCUGCAUUUGAAGAGGACAUCUCUGAUCUGGUCUACAAAGAGAUUGAGAUUUAUGCCAAAAGCACCAAAGUGAUCCGGUUUGACAAAGCUGAGUCCUACAACAAUGGAUAUGGUUUUUCUAUGGAAGUUGUAGAGGAGAAUGGGGUGCAGCAGCUCCAUGUUACUGAAGUAAAAGCAGGAGGACUGGCUUCAGUUAAAGGUUUGAAAGCUGGGGAUGAGAUUCUGUUGCUUAAUGGUAAAGCUGCAUCUGCCUUCCAAAAGGAUGACAUAAUGGCUGCAUUUUCAAACCAAACCCUGACCUUGAGCGUCAGCACCCUGCCCCAGUUGGACCCUCGGGUGCUGUGCUCCUUUCCACCCCGCCGCUCUGAUGCGGAGCAGGACCCAGCCACAGAUAUCUUCUCACAAAGCCAAGAAGACAUCCUGGAUGAUGUGUCAGGUUUGACACUGGAGAGCCCGGAUGAGACUUUGGAGGAAGAACCUUGUCUGUCCCUUCAGAGCCAUGGAGAUCACCAGGAAGAUAAAGCUUGCACUGGGACUGGACACAAAAGCACAGAGCAGGUCACCGCUUUCUGCCGUGGUCUCCACGACAUGAAUCCCCUCGAGUGUCCCAUGUCGUCGUCCUCCUCGUCGUCUUCAUCAUCUCUCUCCCCGAGCCCUGUGUCAGCUUUACCACCCACAGCAGCCGCGGCCACACAGAAACAGCUCUCCCACGCAGACAAACUGCGCAAGGUCAUCAAUGAAUUGGUGGAGACGGAGAAGACUUAUGUCAAAGACCUGAGCUGCCUAAUAGAGUGUUACUUGAAACCUUUGCGGAAAGAGAGCUUCCUAACACAGGAUGAGCUGGACGUUUUGUUCGGUAACCUCGGAGAGAUGGUGGAAUUCCAGGUGGAGUUUCUCCGCACGCUGGAGGAUGGAAUCAGAUUGGUGCCAGAUCUGGAGAGGCUGGAAAGGGUGGAGCAAUUUAAGAAGGUGCUGUUCUCGUUGGGUGGUUCAUUCCUUUAUUAUGCCGAUCGCUUCAAGAUUUACAGCGCCUUCUGUGCCAGUCACACCAAAGUCCCAAAGGUCCUUGCUAAAGCAAAGACGGAUCCAGACUUCAAGGCUUUCCUGGCAGAGAGAAAUCCCAGACAGCAACAUUCAUCCACUCUGGAGUCUUACCUGAUCAAACCAAUCCAAAGAGUGCUGAAGUAUCCACUGUUGCUAAGGGAGCUCUACUCUCUCACUGACCCGGACAGUGAGGAACACUACCACCUGGAUGUUGCAAUGAAGGCCAUGAACAAGGUUGCAAGUCACAUCAAUGAGAUGCAAAAGCUUCAUGAAGAGUACGGAGCUGUUUUUGACCAGCUCAUCAAUGAGCAGACUGCUGAUAAAAAAGAGGUGGCUGACCUCUCGAUGGGGGAUCUUUUACUACAUUCUACUGUGGCGUGGAUCAACCCUCCAGCCUCAUUGGUUAAGAGCAAAAAGGACCCCGAUUUAGCUGCUUUUGUGUUCAAAACCGCAGUUGUAUUUGUCUACAAGGACUGCUCUAAGCAUCGGAAAAAAAUCGGUGGAACUCAUCGGGUGCCUACGAGUGAUGACAAAGAUCCCAUCCGCUUCCGUCACAUGAUUGCAACUGACUCUCUGCAAGUCCGUACUCUUGCAAACUCCGAGGCCACAGCGGUGUGUGAAGUAGUCCACAUAAGGUCUGAGUCUGAAGGAAGACCAGAGAGAAUCUUCCAGUUGUGCUUCAGUUCUCCAGAGAGUAAGAAGGACUUCCUGAGAGCCGUUCACUCGAUCCUUAGGGAGAAGCAACGCCGGCAGCUUCUUAAGACAGAGUCCCUGCCCCAAAACCAGCAGUAUGUGCCAUUUGGUGGCAAGCGCCUGUGUGCCCUUAAGGGGGCACGGCCUGCCAUGAACAGAGCAGCCUCAGCUCCAUCUCGAACGCUGGUCCACAGAAGGUUGGUGAGGAACCGCAUCACCAUUGAUACUGACCUGGUUUUCCAAGGGGACAACAACAAUAGCACUGAGGAUCCCUCGUGUCGGCCUUCCUACCCUUGCUCCAACUCAGCGCUGUCUGCCCCCCGUCAGCUUCACAAACCUCAGGGAGAGGACACGGACCGCUGGGUAGAAGAGCAGUUCAACCUGGGCUGCUAUGAAGAUCAGUGUGAGAGCAUUGAUCUCGGGCAGGUGAAGGAGACGGACAUUUUGAGCGACGACGAUGAGUAUUGCAAGUCUGUCCGAGCCGUGUCAACAAAACUGGACAACCUGGAGGGGGAGAUGAAAGGACUGGACCUACAGAGAAAAGACAUCAACCUGAACGGGCGAACAGAGCAUGAGAUCACGCAGGAGGCGGACGCUGAUCGAAUAAAGGGUGUUGGUGACUCCAGCUCAGUCGACUCAAUUACCUCCUGUGGCAUUCCCCUCUCCCACUGUGCAACCCCGACUUUAAAGGUCGCCUCCUUGAAGCAGUGUGCCGUAGAGGGGGCCACAAACCAGGACCACGAUGCCGUCUGGGUGCGGCGGGAUGACUUUGCUAAUGGGUGCAAAAGUGACGUCUUCUGAUAGGUGAUGGGAAAAAAGAUGAAGAAAAGAGUUUUUACAUAAUGUAGGACUUAAAGAAAAGGUAUGAGAAUAGAAAAAAGCUUUAAAAGUGUAGAAUUUGGGGAACCUCAACAAGUCCUCCCUGCAUCACUGCACAAUCCUCUCCUCCCACCUCACCUGCAUCCUCCCUUGUUCUGACAAUCCUAAAGUACCGAAGCACCCAGAGAGUUUAAAAAAAAAAAAAAAAAAAGUAACAUGGACGUGAACAUAUGAG